AUGCAAAUAAAGUUGCAUCGGGAGCUUCAACUUCAUCCCCUCCAAAAGGGAGAUUCCAAUGAUUCAAACCCGAUUGAACACCAAGAUGAAGUGUUAAUGGCCAAAGCAACUAGCAUGGCUACCUCCCCAAAUGCAAAUUUAGAUUUUUCACUCAAGCUGGGAGUCGGAUUUGGAGUAGAUUUGAAUUGUUUGGAAGGAUCAAACAAAGAGGGAAGCUUAUUCAUCAAGGCCUUUGAUGAUUCAAAUGCGUUAAUCUAUUGCCGAUAUGUUGAUCCAUUUUGGAAGCUAAAUAUGUUCUUAAACAUUGGCUCUGAAGCUUCCCUCAAGAAGAACAUCAAAAUCAUCUUCGAUCUUGUCGAUAAAUUAAUCAGAACCAAGAGGGAACAACUCGAAAUGCAACAAAAUUGCGUAGGCAAUGAAGGUGGUACUAGUAGCAUUGAGGAUAUUGUGACAAAGUUGAAUGAUGAAAUUCUUGAGAAGAUGCAUUACCUUCAUGCAACAUUGACAGAGACCCUAAGGCUAUACCCUACAGUCCUAGUGGAUGGGAGGAUUGCAGAAAAAGAUGGCAUUCUUCCUGAUGGUUUUAGACUGAAGAAAGGGGAUGUUAUCUACUAUAUGUCCUAUGCAAUGGGCAAGUUGUCUGACAUUUGGGGAGAUGAUGCCCACGAUUUUCGACCCGAGAGAUGGCUCAACAACGGGUUUUUCCAAUCCGAGUCACCAUUCAAGUUUAUAGCAUUCCAUGUAUGUGAUAUCAUUUACCCAUUCAUCUUCUAG